AUGACGGUCCCUGCUUCCACUCCCACGACUGCAGAAUCGUCCCAGAAAAUAGACCAUGCCGUCGAUGCUUUCAACCCCAAGAGAUACUUUUGGUUUAAGAAUGGGCACGAGCAGGAGUGGUGGCAGAGAACCGCACCCCUUCUCGCUCGAGUGUUCCAAUCUGCCCAGUAUGACCUGCAACAGCAAUAUCUUUACAUGAGUCUCUAUAAAACUUUCGUCGUCCCGUUCUUAGGCCCUUACCCGAAUCAAUGGGACUCAUUUAUCACAUACUGUGGGGUGCCUGUCGAGUUCAGCAUCAACUACUCGGACAAUAGCCCCCCCGCCUGUCGGAUUGGGUGGGAGCCUGUCAGCGAUGUUUCGGGCACAUCGAUGGAUCCGCUGAACAUAGACACGGUGUCCAAGGCGAUGGAUGUUAUGUCUCAGUUGCAUCUCAAGGACUUUGAUACUCGUCUUUUCACCCACUUUGUCAACACGUUGACGUUGAGCUCCGAGGAAGCUGCCGCCGUCAAUAUCGCCGAGCUGCCCAUCUCGCGAUUUAAAAAUCUGGUCUCGUUUGGCUUGGAUCUGAAAGGAGGAGAGGUAACCGUUAAAUGCUAUAUCUACCCUGCGCUCAGGGGAUAUACGACAGGAAAGUCGUUCCGAGAGCUACUCGACCAUGCCAUCCAGAGCGGCGGAGAUGUUAUGAACUGCUCCCAAGCAUUGAACAGUGUGCAUGAAUACCUGGAAGGCGCUGGGAUGUACAACCACUACUCCUUCAUUGGGUUUGACUUUACUGCGCCAUCCAAAUCCCGCCUGAAGGUGUACAACACCAUUCAGGACAUUACCUGGGCCAAGAUGGAAGAUAUCUGGACGCUGGGUGGGAAAUUCGCCCACGACCGCACGAUCCAGCGAGGUCUGGGCUUUGCAAAGGAGCUCUGGCAGCUGCUGACUCAAGAUACCGAUAAAAUGGCCGUUGGCAUCUGGAACUACGAGCUGGCCCCCGGAGGCACGGUGGUACCCAACCCUAAAUGGUAUUUUAUCCUGCACGGCCAAAAUGAUAUGGAAAACCUGGAGGCCAUUGUGACGUUCUACAAAUACCUGGGGUGGAAUAACUUGGCUGAGACCUUUAUCCCAACGGUUCAGCAAUACUUUCCCCAUGCUAAUGUCGCGGAGACGACAACCCUGGUGCAGUACGUCUCGCUUGCGUACUCGGAGAAAACGGGCGUCUAUUUCAGCGUCUAUUACCAUUCUUCCAUUGAUCCUGCAUAG